AGGAGAGUAUAAAAAGGCUGUGGCAGGGAAGCUGGACCCUCAGAUAAGAAGCUGAUCCAAGCGAGAGAGCCUCUUUCAUCCAGUUGUACAAGGAUUCUUCUGCAACCAGAUUCCAGGAUGAAGUACUACGAAUGCCCCGUGUCCCAGAGCCUGGGAAUCAAAGCUUACACCCAGAGCUGUGGCCUUCCAGUCAUCUGCAAGAGUGCAGCCUCCCUGAAGCCAGCACGGAGCGUCCACUUCCCCAACGACAUCGUUUUCCAGGACUAUGUCAGGCAUGGAGAGCUAGAAAGGAUUGGACGUUUCAUCAGGGCCAGCAGGGUCAAACUGGACACAAUUUACCAUUCAGGAAUGGCAGCCAUCCACGAGGCUGUGCUGACUGGGAAUCUGGAGUGCGUGAAGCUGCUGGUGCACUACGGAGCAGAUAUCCACCAGAGAGAUGAGGAGGGGUGGACCCCGCUGCACAUGGCGUGCAGUGAUGGCUUCCCACACAUAGCGAGAUACCUGCUUUCACUGGGUGCCGACCCAGAGCUGGAGAACGACUGCGGUGAGAAGCCAGCUGACCUUAUUGACCCAGAGAACAAGGAGCUACUGAGGCUUUUCGGUCUGGAGGUUAACGACUGAGAACUCCAGAGUUACCUGAGUUUCACAUUCUGAAAACUGCUGCAAGUAGAUCUGAAUGCUCUUCAAGCUGUGAGCAGGGGAGGCCGGCUCAGCCCACGAUCCUGGUUUUUGAGAGCUGCAACGGCUCUGAAUGGUGACAGAGGCUGGGUGGUGGGCCGGCAGAGCCAACAGACUGCCAUCUGAGUGUUUUACUCCUGCAGCACUGAACUGCUGAACCAACUCAGCGCCUUAGGUCGUUUUAUAACUUUGCUUCUAUAUGUGAACUUUGAGAAACAAAGUUGUUGCACUUUAUGUUCAUAAAAAGCACACUUAGAUUAAGCUUUAUAGCCUUGUAUUAGCAGGAUUUUAUAAUCUUUUGAUGAUUUUAAAUGAAAUGUACUGUAAAUAUACCUGUCCUUUUUCUACUUGGUUGAAUAAAGUUGAUA